CUUCGUGUCGGAGGCGGGACAGCGGCGGCGGCGGGUCAGUCGGGGGUCGGAGCUCACAGCCGGCAUCAUGGAGACGCUGUACCGGGUGCCGUUCGCGGUGCUCGAGUGCCCCAACGUCAAGCUGAAGCGGCCGAGCUGGGUGCACAUGCCCUCGGCCAUGACAGUGUACGCCCUCGUGGUGGUGUCCUACUUCCUCAUCACCGGAGGAAUAAUCUACGAUGUGAUUGUAGAACCUCCGAGUGUUGGAUCUAUGACAGAUGAACAUGGGCAUCAGAGACCAGUGGCCUUUUUGGCAUAUAGAGUAAAUGGACAGUAUAUUAUGGAAGGGCUUGCAUCCAGCUUUCUCUUCACGAUGGGCGGUUUAGGAUUCAUAAUUCUGGACCGAUCCAAUGCACCAAAUAUCCCCAAACUCAAUAGAUUUCUGUUGCUUUUUAUUGGAUUUGUCAGUGUGCUACUGAGCUUCUUCAUGGCCAGAGUGUUCAUGCGGAUGAAACUGCCGGGCUACUUGAUGGGUUAGAGCCUUGUGAUUUAUAUAGAAGCACAAGCUGGAUUUGCUCCUCUUCCUGACGAGUUAAAAACAAUCAAGCAACAAAUUCCACAGUCCCCUCCUCAACCAGGAAAAAGUUCCACCUAAGAGAGCUGUCUCCAAA